AUGUCUUACGCCAAAAGCUUCUACGCCGAGGCCAAGUCUGAUGUGGAAAGCGUCGCAUCUCCCGCGCAGAAGCCGUCGACUACUCAGGGCGAAGUGAAUCUUUCGCCGGCACAACUUCAAGAAGCGAUCCGCUUCUAUCGUCAGCUUAAUCAAGGACAGCUGUCGGCUCCGCAGCUCCAGGAGUGCGAAGAGCCUGAGCGCACGCGUAAGUCGUCAAUUAACAAAGAAUUUCACCUCUUGAAAACUUCUGCAGCUGUCAACUCUUCGUACGUCGAUCAGUCAGGAGUUCCACAGUCGUACAACGUCGGUUAUACAAUGACUCCGCAGAAGCCUCGGAAUCCUCUGCAACAAAACUUUGCUCCUUUCAAUCCACAGGAGCUCAUGGCCCAGCUUCAAGCUAUGUCUUUCCAGAAGAACGAUGCGUAACGUUUUACAUUCACAAGCAUUACAGAGUUUUGAACAACAGAUCCUCGGUCCCGCAAAAGUCGACGCAGGAAAAACCUGCUGAAGAGCCUCCACUUCCUGCUUCACAGGAAAAGCAGAUUCAGCGCGGCUUCGAGAAAGAAACACGAUAUGUCCAGCCAGAGCGUCCGCGCAUUGCCGUAAGCGUAUUUAGAACGUCUCAUAAACCGUUUUGUUUGGUACGGUAACGAGGAGUCCGGCUACAUGUUCGACUGCUCCAAGGAAAAGGACAAGGCUCGUAGCCACGAAUAUAGUGCUCAUGCCUCCAUUUCCUCAUCCAAUACUAACGCGGUCAAUCGAUAGUUUUUAUAAUAGAAAUUCUAAAUGGCAUCGUUUAAGAAAGAUUUCGAUGGUGCUUAUAACAAAACUGCGCCGAUAGCAGAAUCGUCUCUUUCCCAGGGACCGCCCUAUCGUCAAAUUAAUCCAUCCAGCACUCACGAGCCCCGAAGCGGUGCUUCUUACAAGAAGAUGGUUUGCUUUUAAUUCAAUUCUAGGUAACUAUUUAUUGUUUAUCAGACUUCUGAGUACAUUGGCAUGCCAAAUGAAAACGUUUUCUUCAUGGACGUGCAGAAAAACCCUUCUUAUGGAGUUACCUAUGUGACGAACACUGUCGCCCCUUCUGCGAAUUCGAUUCAUCAAGAAGGUUGUUUUCAGCCUGAAAAGCAGAACGCCUAAUAUUUUCCAGUCAAAGGUGAACAUUCUACCGAGCAGGCUCCCAUUUCUUCGAUACCGCAAACUCCUCAGUCGCGCUUUCGCGGGCUGAUUCGCGAUAUUUCCUCAUCUGAAGCUCCUGUGGCCCCGAUAAUAAUUCAACACGUCGAAUCGGUCACUUCGUUGUUUCGAAAAUGAGCCAAAUGCGACUUUCAGAGCCCUGCGGAUACUUAUGCAACUAAUAACUACGGCGCCUUCCGCUCCGCAAUGCAAGACGUUCCCUCCGAGUAUCAAAUGCACCAACUCAACGACCUAACCUCUUGUAUUGAACCCUAUUGAAGCUCAAGAUCUCGGCUUUUCUUUAAAUAAAAUUUUUAUUAAAGUUUUUUGAUUUUUAUGACUUUGAAAAUGAAGAAAUCUACAAUUAAACUUCAAAAAAACACAUGACAAACUGGAUAGUUACCAGUUUCAUGGAAGCUUCAUGUUCAGAAGCUUGGGAAAUUUUCAGUGAGAAACGCGACUGCGACACUAAUAAGAUUUUAUAGUGAAUCGGGAGAUCGGGAAGGGCGUGAGUAUUAUAUUAUAUUUUAUAUAAUGGAAAAUAUAAGUUGGUUCAGGGCCCGGGCUUCAGGCCCUUUUUGAGAAAAAAAAAAGUCUGCGCGGGCUUGGGCCAGACCAGCUUCGAAAAAUUUUCCCUCAAGAGUGCUAACGCUAUUGAAGUGGUCACUAGUCUGGUAAAACAGAAAAGUUCCUCGGAGGAUCCUUGAAGGAUCCUGAGAGGGGGCUAAAAAAGUUCCUUUAAAAGUUUCUGAAAUGAUGUGAGAAAGCUUUUAAGCUCCAUUUUUAUAGCCUCAUCGAAUCCUUUUUAAAUCCGACCAAAUAUUUUUAGUUGCUUUUUUAUUGAAGGAUGUGUAACAGACGUAAAAAUGGAAUAAAAUGAAAUACAAAAAUCUGCUGGUGACCUUUAGAAGGUCUUUUCAUGAGAAAAGCUUUGAGGAGCUUUUUAACUUUGCCCUAGUAGAAAUGCCCCGACACGUUCGCGUCCGUUUCGCGUUACCGAAGUCCGCGCAGGCUUGUCCGAUUGCCGGCUUAUAAACUAUGAUUCGAAAAGUAAAAAUAAUUUUUCGGUGAAAACUUUUUCAAAAUGAAAUCUAAGAUUUUUUUUUUGAAUCCCGGGCCGCCCGGCCUGAUGCACCUGCCUUCUUCUCACAAAAGACGCCUAAAAUCGCAGCAACUUUUUCUCUGACACAAACUACUUCGUCGUUAUCUAGCUGCGUGAAAACGACGAAGUUUCGAAAUAGAAUAGGUUAGAGAAAGAUUCGGGCCGAUCUUUAUGCGCCCCAUGUCAGAGCUUUCUCGGUAACUGAAACCGGGCGCGCUCCGGUCGUUUCUGAGCAAAAUGCAAUUCUAGGGACUUAAGAGUGCUCGUCUCCGCUAAAGUGGUCACUAGAAGUGCUCAGGAACGUUCAGGGCGCGUUACCCAGAUCUGAGAUGCUUGAGGCACCUUUUUGCAUACUAGUCAUACAAUUUCGCAAUCUACUUACGUAAAAAUAUGACUUGUAGCUUCCAGAAAGAAGUCACGUUCCGCCUUUUCGCCGGCGUGUUUAUUCUCAGCGGUCCACGUUUCGCAACUUGCCAAAAUUUGGUUUUAUAUAUUUAUUUUCGUUGCGGGUUCAUUCCUGCUCUCCCUCUUUUUCAUGUGCGACAAAGAAGCUAGCAGUUCGAGGUGAAAUUAUUUAACUACUCAAAAAAAUUUUUUUAGAAUUUCUUUUUUUUCAGAUCAGAAUACAAGGAGGACUCGAAAAUGGAGAAGUUGGCCAAAGCGGAAAACAGAAUUUUUGCUAAUUUCGGCAUCAAGUUUCUUUCACGAUUUAUACCGGUUUGCUCUUCUCGGCUUUUCUUUUUUUUAAAUAUUCAUCAACUUGAUGGUGCUUCGAAGAAAAAACUAUAUUUAAAUUCAGAAAGCAAGGAAAAAUCAGUUUUUUUUUCUACUCAAACGACAGUAAAAAUAUUUCAAAAGUUAUAUUACAUUUCAAAAAAGGAAAUCUUCUUGAAAAGUUCUCGUAAGAGUUUUCCUGAACUUUCAAUUACCUUUUUGCUAUUUCGGAUGAAAAAAACUACUUCGCGUUAAAUCGCAAACCGCUACUCCCUGACGUCAUCCCUAUGACAUCAUCUUCAUUUGCAAAAUUCGCACACGCAGCCAUAUCAUUUUAUUCAUUUUUUACGUUCCAAUUUAUAAAAAUUAGAUUCGACGUGAAAACUUUUCCGGUCACAUGAGAAACAGAAAGAUAUCACACUUGAAAAUCCCCUUUUGAUUGGAAAAACUUUUUUUCAUUCUUCUAUUUUUCUUACUUUUUUUAGAAACCUUCUAAAGGUUUGGAAUAAUCCGAGGCGUCGAGGCCCACGCUUACGCAGAGAAUGCUUUUUUAAAAUUUUUUCUUUUUUUUUUCACAGAUUUUUUCGCUACGCGUAUCAAGUUUGCAAAUCGUUUGGAGCUACCUGAUAGUGUUAUUAGUGACCACGUUUUGAAACUAAAUGCUUUUUAUGUCAAGUAUUCAUUUAUUUGACGAAUUUCUCACUGGCUCAGUUUUUUCGAAGCGAGCCACAGUCGGCUUCGCGCUAUGCGCGCUCCGCUUCCGUGUGAAGCCUUAAAACUAAGCCUAUUUUCUUAAGUAAUGCAUGAACCUGUAGGCGCAGUUUUGAUGCAAAGGCGCUAUUCAGGCUCUUCCCAUUCUUCAAUUUUUUCAAUUUCAAUUUCAAUUCAAUUCAAUUUAUUCAGUCUUCAGAGUAAGAUGAAGAAAAUCUCUGCUGAAUCAUGGUAUAAUCGAAGAGUUAGUCGUCGGCGCGGGUUACGGUCCACAAUCUUUGUCCAAUAAGUCCCGGAGUGACAGCUAGCGUUGGGGAAUAAUGUGGGCCCGUUGGUAGUACCAGCGAAUAAACUGCUUCACCAUGUUGGAACAGUACAGCGCCCAGCUUGUCCAGGGCUGACGGGCGUCGGAAUAUUAUCCCAUGAGAUAGCGGCAAAGAGUCCACAAUCUUUGUCCAAUACGUCCCGGAGUGACAGCUAGCGUUGGGAAAUAAUGUGGGCCCGUUGGUAGUACCAGCGAAUAAACUGCUUCACCAUGUUGGAACAGUACAGCGCCCAGCUUGUCCAGGGCUGACGGGCGUCGGAAUAUUAUCCCAUGAGAUAGCGGCAAAGAGUCCACAAUCUUAGAAAAAAAAGAGAAAAGAAGAGAAAAAGAAAAUGUCUCUAGUUUGAACCCAAGCUAGAACCUUCAGUCAAACAGAGAGCAUAGAGAAAUCGGAAAAAAUCCAGUUCAAUGUGGAUUUUCGGAUCAUUUCAAUGGAGCAGUGGAUUCUAGUCACUGAAAACGCUAAAGUGGACCAGUCGACGUGAUGAAAUGAGAUAAUAAGAAUCUGCUGAAUCACGUUCACGUGAAAGAAAUAAAUAUAUAGCCAAAUAUUUCGAUUACGCUUAUUUCUAGUGUUACGAAUGGUUUCAUGAAAUGACGUCAGGGAGUAGCGGUUUGCGAUUUAACGAAAAUUAAAACUAAUUUAAAGCCGCAGAAAAGAAGAAAAAUAUUUUGCGAGGAAAAAGCAAAACAGCUGAAAACGAUGUUUCUUGUCAUUCUGUGUAAUUUUGCGAAAUAAAUCGAGACUUUUUGUGUUUUGAUGUAAUUUUUUCAGGUGUCUUUCAAAAAUUCGGUCGUGUAUACUGUGUCAGUGAAACCAGAAGAGAUGGAGCGAAAAAUCGAGCCAGUAGUUCUGGUACACGGUUUUGGGGCCGGCGUCGCUCUUUGGGGUGCGGCCAUCAAACAUCUUUCUAAAAAUCAUACUGUCCACGCCUUCGAUUUAUUAGGUUUGUCCUCGGGCCAGUCGAGCUUAAUUCGGAGUUUCAGGUUUCGGCAGGUCAUCCAGACCGACAUUCAGUAAAGACGCUUCAACGGCUGAAGCCGAGCUAGUUCAAUCCAUCGAAGAUUGGCGUCAAGAGAUGGAGAUUGAGAAAAUGUUUCUAGUGGCCCACUCCUUCGGUGAGGGCUCUUCGAAUUUUACAUUUUUUCUCAACUUUCGAAUGAGAGGUUUUCAUUUUCACGAAAUAAUUUUCAGCGAAUACCUAUGUUAAUCGAAUCAGGUGGAUCUAGAAAAGUUUAAAGUUAGUUAAGAAGUUUAGUAGAAUGAACUCAUUUUGAGACUUUAGUUCUUCCGUUUGCAUCACCUUUUAAAAAAAACUAGGCCUUUGUAACAGAAAAAAAAUAAGUUUAACUUCAAAACUGUAUGAAAUUUUUUGAGUAGAACUUGAAAAAAAAAAGAAAUUUUUUUCUGAAAAAUCAUUCUAUUAAAAAAUAUUUUCCUUUUCAAACAAAAAAAAACAAAAUCACUAUUUUUUUCUGUGCAUACUUUCUUCGGUUCCGUUAAAUCGCCAACCGCUACUCCCUGAAGUCACUUUAUGAACACAUUUCGAAAAAAAGAGAAGUACGAGAGUAGAAAUAUUUGUUAUAAACAUUAUUUAAUUUACGUGAAAAAAAUUAAAAGAAGCCCUAAACGAAAAACAAUACUGUGAACUCCUUCUGAAGGUUUUUUUUAAAAAGAAGUAUAAGGAAAACAAUUAAAAUAAAAAACUUUAAAAUGAAAACAGGAUUAUAAGAUGUGAUAUAUGUCUUCCUUCUGUUUUUUAUGUGACUUUGAAUGUUUAACUCGGGCAAAACUGAAAAGCUCCCCAAAAGCUUUUCUCAAAAAAAGACCUUGAAAGGGUCCCCAGCAGAUCUUUUUUACAUCAUUUCAAUUCUUUUUUGCGUCUUUUUCACAUCCUCUGACAAAAAGGAUGCUGGAAAGCAACUAAAAAGAUCCGAGAGGAUUCAAAAAGGAUCCUCUGAGGCUAUGAAAAAGGUGCUCAAAAGCUUUUUUACAUCAUUUUAGGAGCUUUUAGAGGAAGCUUUUUAUCUCCCUUUCAGGAUCCUUUGAGGAUCCUUAAAGGAACUUUUCAGUUUUACCUAUGAAACGUCAAAUUUUAAUAACUAUAUUGCUGUGUGUGCGAUGAUGUUAGGUCAAGAUGACGUCACGGAGUAGCGGUUUUCGAUUCAACUGGAAGUGACUUUCUUUCCGAAGCUUGCAAUUUUUUUGUACUGAAAAAUUUAUUUUUUUUUCUUUUUUCAAAAACUGGGAGAGUUUAAUCAAACAUACUUUCGAUAUUUUUAAAUUCAAACAAAAAAAGAAAAAAAUAACUGUUGGUUUACAUAUUUGUUCGCUUUUUUUCUUCUUUUAUAAAAAGGAAGACAGCAAGUUCAUAUGAAUGUAAAAGCUUCACAGUAUAGGACGAGGAUGAGCAAACAAAAAGUCUUGAAUGUUUGUGCUGGAUUUUCAGAAAUGAUCAGGCAUGUGGUACAAAAAAUGGAUCAAAAUUAGAAUUCCCAAAAAAGUUAGAAUUCUCAAAAAAAAAAAAAGUUCAAUUAAAAAGAAAUAAGAGCCGUACGCAUGGGUAACUGCAUGAGAAGCUCAAGCAAAAAGCAAUUCACGAGAAAUAUCUUCAUGCUUAUCACUAACGGUUUUCGCGCUCCAUAAAAUGUAACUUUAAAAGGCUUCCCGCAUCAGUUUCUCACGAAAUUUUAUAUGGGCUCUUUUGAAAACCAAACAGAGUGCAUCUUCUGAGCUUGACUGUUAUCACCGUGCAAAAAACGAAAAAAUGAACCGCGAAAUUCGAACUGUUCAGGUGGCUAUCUGGCUUCGGCUUACGCGAUCAAGUAUCCGCAACGCGUGAAACAUCUUAUUCUGGCAGAUCCGUGGGGAUUCUCCGAAAAAACUACAGACUUUGAGCAAAAAGUGCUGUAUGAAACUGGAUUUUCUUGUUAUAACUACUUAUUUUUAGUUGCGACGCAGAACUCGUUUCUUGAUUUCAUUGCUGUCAAACUUCAAUCCUUUGGCAGUUCUACGUCUUUCCGGGCCAUAUGGUAAGAGAACGGUGACAGGUCGGUUUCAUUUAAACUUAUGAUUUUCAAGGUCCUCAACUCAUGAAGAAAGUCCGGCCGGACUUGCAAUACCGGUACCCUAGCGAGAAUCCAGACGACAUUUACGAGUAUAUUUACCGAUGUAACGCUAGAAAACCUACUGGAGAAGCAGCUUUCAAAAGCAUGAUUUUGCCUUUCGCAUGGGCCAGAAACCCCAUGAUAAGAAGGUAAGGUUUAAUCUUUUCAUUAUUACUAUUUUCGGAUCCAUUAAAGUUUAUUACAUUUACAGAGAUGUAUCACUUAGAUUGAUAGUAAUCGAUUGUACUAAAAUACUUUUUCAUCGUUUUGACUUUUUUUCAAACUUUUCUGCACAAUCAUUGCCAUGAAACAUGAGGUUGUGUGUAAAACAUGAGGUUGUAAAAUUUACGGUCCGUGAAUGUGAUGUCGUGAAUGGAUGGGCCCAGAACCUGAAUCUUCUCCAGGAAGACUCUAUUCUUGAUUUUUAAUGUUGAACAGAAAAGGAAAUAAAGCCGUUCUUCUCUAGUGAAGUUUCAUUCUGAGAACUUGAACUAUGCAUUUAAGGUACCUUUCUUUCUGCCCUUGCUUACGUCUGUACAAAAAGCUCAAAAAAUGAUGCUUAACGCGAGGUACCACGGCGCAGAAUGCAAAGCACUGAUUUGCAAAACGCAAGCAGAUCUUUUUCGCAGUAAUCUGUCUUGUGCACUGCAUUUACAUGAUUACAGAAAAGUUAAAUUAAUCUAAGUCUGUAAUCUACCAACUUCAAAUUCUCAUGCAUAUCUCAUCUGUUUUCCAAACGAAGGAAAAACGAGAAGUUGCAGAUUUCAAGAAGUCGACGAGUCCGUACCUGUGACUUUCAUUCACGGUGCUAAUAGCUGGAUCGACCCUUCGCCAGCACAUGAAAUUCUCAAACAGAGACAGGCUGGAUAUGUCGAUGUGCAGGUUCAGUUUAUUCCCAUGGAUUUCAGUUGAGGUGUAUCUCAGAUAAUGGAGCACGCCGGUCACCAUGUUUACGCCGAUGACACGCUGCGCUUCGUUCAAAUUGUUCGCGACGCCAUUGAUCAGAAGAAACCGCAAAAUUUUACUGGCCCUUCUCUCGGCAAUCCCCUUUACUCGUGA